AUGGAGAAUUCGCGAAGACAGUUUGAUAGAUCGAAAGAACCGAUUUUGAAGCGACCUAGAUUAAUGAAAGAUCUGGAACGUGCUUCGAAUUCGAGUUCUCCAAUGUUUCCACAGAGACAACAGCAAGUUUCUUCUGCUUCACGGUUCAUACAAAAUGAAGGAGACGGGGAGAAUGUCGACGACGGUUACCAGCCUCAGCCGUUGCCGUUUCAGGAGCUUGUGGCUCAGUAUAAGAGUGCGCUUGCGGAGCUCACUUUCAAUUCGAAACUGAUAAUUACCAACCUGACUAUAAUUGCAGGCGAAAAUCGAGCUGCUGAGAAGGCCGUUGCUGCCACUAUAUGUGCUAACAUUCUAGAGGUUCCUAGUGAACAAAAGCUGCCAUCUCUUUAUCUCUUAGACAGUAUUGUUAAGAAUAUCGGGCGGGAUUACAUAAAAUACUUUGCUGCCAAACUACCUGAGGUGUUCUGCAAGGCAUACCGACAGGUUGAUCCUCCUGUCCGUCAAAGUAUGAAACACCUUUUUGGAACCUGGAAAGGAGUCUUUCCUCCUCAGACCCUUCAGGUUAUAGACAAAGAACUGGGCUUCACUCCAGCAGUCAAUGGUUCGUCUUCAGCAUCUGCUGCACUCAGGAGUGAUUCCCAGACACAUCAACCACCUCAUAGUAUACAUGUGAAUCCCAAGUAUUUUGAACGACAGCGUGUUCAGGAGUCCAGCAGGAGUAAUCAGCACACUCAUAGAGACCCAUUCGACGGUCCUGUUCCAGAAAAGAGCAUCAGUGCAUCCUAUGAAGGCAGUGAGCAUGGGUCCAAUCUCUCAAGGAAUAUGGGCAUGGGUAUUGGCAGAACUGAUGGCAGCAUAACCGAGUUAGGACACAGAAAUUUGUACAACAAAGCUACUGCCGGUGUUUCAGGGACCAUAUCUGGGCAAAGAAAUGGUGUUGGCCUCAAGCAUAGAUUUUCAAAUACUGAAGCUACUACUAUUUCGGAUGCACAACAUCAGCCAACACGGAACAUAACUGGCAUAAAGAGAAAUGUGAUGUCAAGUAGCUGGAAAAAUUCUGAGGAAGAGGAGUACAUGUGGGAUGAGAUGAACACUGGAUUGACUAGUCACGGUGUUCGCAACAACUUGGGCAACGAUGCUUGGACUGCUGAUGAUGAGAAUUUGGAUGUUGAAGAUAACCACCACCAAAUCAGAAAUGUUUUUGGGACAAAUGUUGAUAGAGAAAUGACCAAUAGAUCUCAAGCCACUCAAAAGAAACAAUUUCGGCAUCAUCCAUCAUUAUCAUGGAAAUUGCAGGAGCAACAAUCAAUUGAUGAAUUGGAUAAGGAACUGGGUCACUCGGACAGGUGCAUGUCAAUGUCUGGUUCCUUACUAGGCAAUGCAAAUUCUUCUGCUGCCAGGAUGGGGAAUCGUGCUUUCCUGCCCAAUGCAAGAAUUGGAGGACAACAAUUUCAUUCUGUGGGAUCUGAAACCACUUCUGGGCAGUCACCUUUGCGACAACGCUCUCCCUCGCCACCAAAUAUUGACCACUCUCAUCUAAUGGAAAAUUUUGAUAAGCAAGACCAUCCUAUCACUCAGAAAACAUCUCAUUUUUCGGGAGGUCAGCAAAGCCAAUAUAUUAAAGAUUCUUCACUCACCCUUUCUCCUAAUAUUCAGGUUGGAGACCUGCGAAGAUCAUCACAGGUAAAAGACUUGAAGGGUCCAUUACCUUCCCCGAGUUUUCAGCCAAGGUAUCAGCAACAACUGAGCUCUUCUCACACUGAAGUAACUGUUAAGACCAAGAAGCCACCCUUGUCCAAUGUUUCUCUAGCCCGAGAAACCUCAGAGCAGCCAGCCACAAGUCACACAGAAGCUGCAAGUGUGAAGAGUAGACUAUUCUCCAUCCCAACUACUAGUAGUCUUCCAUCUAUAUUAGGGUCUCGGCCUUCUCAGUCAGGUGGUUCUUCCCCUGCCACAUUAAUUUCUUCAGUGUCUGCAAAUGCUUCUCCAUCUUCAUCUGCUUUGCCAAAAAGAUCUAAAAGAAAGGCUGGACAUUCAAUAAGGACAUCUACUCUACCACCAGCUUCCUCGAAUGUUAGCAGUGCCUCAGCCCAGACAUCCGGUGCUACAAAUAAAACCUCAAAUCCACUUUCAAACCUUUUAAGCUCAUUAGUUGCAAAGGGUUUAAUAUCAACAGAAACUGAGACACCGGCUGAGGUGGUGUCUCGAUUGGAAGAUCACUGUGACAGCUUUAGCACCAGUAGCUCUAUGCCUGUUGCUUCAUUGUCUGGUUCUGCAGCUGUCCCCGUUCCUUCUACCAAAGAUGAGUUAGAUGAUACUGCAAAAACACCUAUGACCUUAUCUGAAUCAACCAGCACAGAUAUUAGAAAUGUCAUUGGCUUUGAGUUUAAGCCUAAUGUAAUCAGAAAAUUGCAUCCAUCUGUAAUUAGUGGAUUAUUUGAUGAUUUUCCACAUCAUUGCAGCAUUUGUGGCCUUAAGCUCAAAUUCCAAGAACAGUUUAAUAGACACUUGGAGUGGCACGACACAAGAGAAAGAGAACACAGGGGUUUAACUACAACAUCAAGAUGGUAUCUGAAGUCAACUGACUGGGUUGCUGGCCAAGCUGAAUGUUCACCUGAAAAUGAGUUUACUGAUUCUGUAGAUUCACAAGACAAGGAAACAGACGAAAGUCAAGAGGAUGCAAUGGUUCUAGCAGAUGAAAACCAAUGCUUAUGUGUGUUGUGUGGCGAGCUAUUUGAAGACGUUUACUGUCCGGAAAAUAGCGAGUGGAUGUUCAAAGGGGCUGUUUACGUGACUGGCUCUGAUAGUGAUAAUGAGAUUGGAAUCAAAGAUACGAGUUCUGGAAGGGGUCCCAUCAUUCACACAAGAUGCUUAUCAGAGAACUCGUUAUCAAGUGUCAUCAAGAUGGUAAGCUUAUUAUUUGAUGUUAGUGGAGAAUAG